AUGGGAGACCCCUUCGGCCGCUGGAGCAGCAGCCCCUCCCGGAGCGAAUAUGACGACAGGACCCCGCUCCAACAUUCCAACAGCUUCGUCCGCCUCACCGGGAAGAGCAUCUACAACCAGCGCAAGGACUACGGGCAGACCCUGCUCAAGCUCCAGAAUGAUUUCCAGUACCACGUUGAGCACCUGCUGACGAUGCCCCUGGAGCGGGAGCUCCGCAGCGCCGAGGAUUGCCUGGGGCGCCUGCGGGACCUGGAGGAGCAGGGGCGGGUCUGGGGGCAGGAUGUCAUCCUGGAAGUCAAGGACCAGGAGCUGGUGCUGAGCGAUGUGGAGAGCAAGGAGGAGCUGGAGGCUUUCCCGCUGGGAAGCGUGCAGGGAUGCUCGGCCGGGCUGGACAACGCCGUGCUGGCCGUCAGCGUCCAGGAGAGGAACCCGCCGAGAACCAGCGUGCUGCUCUUCCAGUGCGAGCGGCUGGGGGCAGAGACGCUGAGGAGCAGCCUGGAGAAGGUGCUGAGGCAGAGGAAGGAGGAGCAGAGCAAUCACUACGGGCACAGGUAUGGGGGCCGGGACACACCACCGAGCCCCCCGCCGUACGCGGCCCCGGAGCGCUGGGCAGAGCCCCCCGAGCCCGAUCCCCACCUGCCCCCCCGGCGUGGGCUGUUCUCCUCGGACUACCGCGCGCCGGAGCCCCCGCAGAUGCCACGGAGCCGAGCCCCCGUCCCGGCCGUGUCCGAGGCGGACCGAGAUGUUGUAAGUCCCGACCGGCCCGACCCCUCAGGGUGGGGUCACCGCGGCCCCCACCCAGCGCUCACCGCCCCCCCGCACCCACAGGAGAUCCUCAACCACGUCCUGGGCGACCUGGAGCGCUUCAUGGGCCAGCUGAAGGCGGCGCUGAGCUCUGCCAGCACGAAGAAGAAGCUGAAGAAGCCAGCGCUGCCCCCGAAGGAUGAGUACACGGAUUUCUUCCAGAAGGUGAAAUACGCCCUCAACCUCUUGGGUCGGAGCCACCGGUACGUGACGGACCCCGCUCCCUCCGAGCUGCUGCUGCCCCCCGAGCGGGUCCCACCCCCCGGAAUGUGUGACACGGGGGGGAUCACCCCUCACCGCCCCAUCCGGCGGGUGUUUGGGGGUGCUGCUCCAUGCCCGUCCCUGCAGGUCCUUGACCACUGCCCCAGCCCCGGGCUGGCCGCGGCCGUGCAGAGCCCGCUGCUGCUGCCCGAGGCGCUGGACUUCCUCGAGGAGAACCUGGGCGAUGACGACUACGGCGUCUGGAAGAGCCUCGGCACCGCCUGGAACAAGUCCAGGGCCGAGUACCCCAACGGCGCCCUGGUGCCCGCGUACACCCCGGUUUUUUCGGACGGGUGGCUGCCCCCCGUGAUGGAGCAGGAGCGCCGCGGGGGCUUCCAGGACACCGCACCGCCUGCCUCAGUUUCCCCAGCUCACCCGCGACGCCGUUCCCCGUCCCUGUCCCCCGCACAGGCACCGGCCACCGGCUGGAGGGACCAUCCCGGCCAAGAGUCCCCGCUCCCUGCCCGGGGGCUGGUCCGAGCCCUGUACGACUUCCAGGCCCGGAACUCGCAGGAGCUGAGCGUCAGGAAGGGGGACACGCUGCAGGUCCUGGACCAGCAGAGGAAGUGGUGGCUGGUGCAGGACGAGCGGGGGGACAGGGGACACGUCCCUGGCAACAUCCUGGAGCCCGUCCCGGAGCUGGGGCACAGCGCCAGACAGGACAGUCCCCCCAGCCUGCACCCCAGCUCCUCGCCGGCAGAGGUGACGGCCUGGCUGAUGGACAAGGGCUUCUCGCGGAUCACGGUGCGGACCCUGGGCGUGCUGCGGGGCCACGAGCUGCUGCAGAUGAGCCCGGCCGAGCUGCGAGGUGUCUGUCCCGAGGAGUGGCGCAGGGUCCUCUUCAAGCUGUCCCCCAUCAGGACAUCCCUGGGGAUCGGUCCCAGGGACUGAGCCACCGAGGCCACGCCGAUGUCCCCAUCAUGUCCCCGCCCCGGAUGGAGCACCCUGGGAACGGCUGGACCUGGGGGCGAACCCACCCCCCGCAUCCC